CGUGACUUACAGACUAUAGAAACUGAAAGGAAUUUCAAACUCAUCUGUGAGACACUCGGUGCUAUAUCUCUGCUCACGCUCUAACAAAUACUUUGAAGAUCUUUUCAAAGAAACUGCAGAAACGUUUGGUGAGUGUUGUGGUGGAAAUACUUGGACACAAAAUGGCAGAAAGAGCUCUUUUUGAUCGUUUCCUGAGCUGCCAUGUGUGUACAGAGACUUUCAGAGAUCCUGUUUCUCUGAGCUGCAACCACAGCUUCUGUUCAAGCUGCCUGCAGGAAUUCUGGGAAAAGACUGGAAACAAGAACUGUCCCAUCUGUAAACGAUCUUCAAAGGAGGAUCCGUCCAUCAACUUCUCCCUGAAAGAACUUGCUGAUUUGUUUUCCGAGAAGCUGAAAGGAGCUUCAACUGAGAUGGGAAAAGAGAAGAAGGAAGAGAAGAAGGUGGUUUGUGAGAAACACUCUGAGGUUCCUUACUGGUUCUGUGAAGACGAGCAGAGAGCUGUGUGUCCUGUCUGUGAGUUUUCUCUCCACCAGAGUCACAAAGUGGUUCCUCUAGAACAAGCAGUCAGUGAGCUGAAGGAGGAGCUGAAAUCUGAGUUAAAGUCUCUGCAGGACAAGAGGAACAAACACAAACAAGUGGAGAAAACAUACGAUGAUGUGAUUCAACACUGCAAGAAGCAGGAGCUGUCCACAGAGAGACAGAUCAGAGCAGAGUUCAACAAGCUCCACCAGUUCCUGAGAGAGGAAGAGGAGUCCAGACUGGCAGCUCUGAGGGAGGAAGAGGAGCAGAAGAGGAAGACUAUCAUGAGAGAGAUGAAGAGGAUUAAGGAGCAGAUCUCCUCUCUGUCAGACAGCAUCUCUGCUGUUGAAGAAGAGCUGCAGAAAGACAACGUGUCGUUCCUCAGCAGUUAUGAAGCCACUCAGAGCAGAGCCAGAGGUCAGAGGUCACUGCCAGAUCCACAGCUGGUCUCAGGAGCUCUGAUAGACGUGGCCAAACACCUGGGCAACCUGUCCUUCAGAGUCUGGGAGAAGAUGAAGGACAAGGUCCACUUCAGUCCCGUCAUUCUGGACCCAAACACUGCUAAUGGAUGGAUCCAUCUGUCUGAUGAUCUGACCAGCGUGAGACGUGGAAACACAGAGCAGCAGCUUCCUGAUAAUCCAGAGAGAAACACAAAAUACUGGAAUGUUUUUGGUUCUGAGGGUUUCAGCUCAGGGAAACACAGCUGGGAUGUGGAGGUGGGAGAUCAUCCUCGCUGGGCUUUUGGUUUGGCUAAAGAGUCUGUUGACAGGAAAGGAGAAUUACAUGCUUCACCAAAAUAUGGAAUUUGGUGUUUACUGCAUCGUGAUGGAAAAUACACUUAUGGAGUUGGUGAGACUCUCAGAGUGCAGAAGAGUCUCCAGAGGAUCAGAGUCCAUCUGGACUAUGACAUGGGGAAGGUGUCCUUCUACGACUCUGAAGACAUGACUCACAUCUACACUCACAGAGACACUUUCACCGAGAAACUCUUCCCUUAUUUUAACGUUUCCCCAGCAGGUGAUGCCAAAACUUCUGAUCUCAAAAUAUGUCAAACUACAUUUCUUUUUAAAAUGAAGUUCAAAGUUUCGAAAUAUUCUGAUCAAUGAAAUUGUGGGACUUUGGAAAAUUCAAGACUGUAUAAUUCAUGGUUACAGAAUUAAACCAUCAACUUCCACACAAUGUUCAAAAAAUGUUUUAUUUGAGCCCAACUCUCUCUUAAAAUCGUUCAUUAACAUCUUUAAUCAUUUUCAAGGUUUUCAAACUUUAGUAAAAAACUAUAUAAAACAUUGUUAGAUAAUAUUAUUCAAACUGUGUCAAAUAUUUCUUCAUCAUUAGUAUUUUUUCUGAUCAAUUUAACAAGGUUGAUUAUUUCUGUCUGAAUGUAUUUUUAGUAUUAACAUAAGUUCAGAAAAAACUCAAACUCAAUUGGGUUUUCAUGUCAAUCUUGUCUUUAAUUAUUGUACAAAACUUCUGAAAAUAAAUAUUUAGAUUCAAUUUUUUUG